UCCUGGUACCUGAAUCCUCGAAACUCAAACUCGAAAUUCUAAUUUCAGGCUUCCAUUUCAGUUUUAAUGGCGGAAAUUCUCCUGCAUUCUUUCACAUAGAGCUCCAAAGCGUCCUUCUUUAGUACGCAUAACUGUCCGAACUUCAAAAUUAACUUAGAUCUGUCGAAAAUGAUGAUCUGGUUUAAGUUCAGUUUAGCAGUUUUGAUUCUUUCGAUUAUUACAAUUCCAUCGGAAUCAGCGGUUUCGAGUAUAGAUCUAGGUUCAGAAUGGAUGAAAGUAGCAGUUGUGAAUCUGAAACCUGGCCAGAGUCCGAUUUCGAUAGCCAUAAACGAGAUGUCCAAGAGGAAAUCCCCUGCGUUAGUUGCAUUCCAAGGAGGGAGUCGUUUGCUUAGUGAAGAAGCGGCAGGAAUUGUAGCUAGAUACCCUGAUAAAGUCUAUUCACAAGUUAGGGAUAUGAUCGGGAAGCCUCAGAAGUAUGUGAAGGAUAUUAUUGAUUCACAAUAUUUACCAUUUGAUUUGGUGGAAGAUUCUAGAGGGGCGGCUGGUAUUAGGAUCGAUGAUGGUGUUACCGUUUAUUCAGCAGAGGAAUUGGUAGCCAUGGUUCUUAGUUAUGGAAGAAAUCUAGCAGAGGUUCAUUCUAAGGUGCCCAUAAAGGAUGCUGUUAUCACGGUUCCGCCUUACUUCGGGCAGGCGGAGAGGAAGGGGUUGCUUCAAGCUGCUGAAUUGGCUGGCAUUAAUGUGCUUUCUCUUAUUAAUGAGCACUCUGGUGCAGCUCUUCAGUAUGGGAUUGAUAAGAAUUUCUCAAAUGAGUCGAGACAUGUUAUAUUCUAUGACAUGGGUUCGAGUGGUACUUAUGCAGCGCUUGUCCAUUUCUCUGCUUAUAGCGCAAAGGAGUAUGGGAAGACCGUCUCCGUCAACCAAUUCCAGGUUAAGGAUGUUAGAUGGAACGCAGCUCUUGGGGGUCAACAUAUGGAAUUGCAUUUGGUUGAAUACUUUGCAGAUGAGUUCAACAAUCAAGUUGGUAAUGGGGUGGAUGUGAGGAAAUCCCCCAAGGCAAUGGCGAAAUUGAAGAAGCAGGUUAAACGUACUAAAGAAAUUCUAAGUGCAAACACAAUGGCUCCAAUAUCAGUUGAAUCUCUUUACGAUGACCGUGACUUUAGGAGUACCAUUACUCGUGAGAAAUUUGAGGAACUCUGUGGAGACCUGUGGGAGCAAUCUCUUAUACCUGUGAAAGAACUUCUGAAACAUUCUGGACUGAAGGUUGAUGAGAUAUAUGCAAUAGAGCUGAUUGGUGGUGCAACCCGUGUCCCUAAGUUACAGGCUAAGCUACAGGAAUUUCUUGGGAGGAAGGAUCUGGACAGACAUCUGGAUGCAGACGAAGCUAUAGUGCUUGGUUCAGCACUUCAUGCAGCAAACUUAAGUGAUGGAAUCAAGUUGAACCGUAAACUAGGAAUCAUCGAUGGUUCCUCUUAUGGAUUUAUGAUCGAGUUAGAUGGGCCUGAUCUUCCGACGGAUGAGGGAAACAAACAGACACUUGUACAGAGAAUGAAGAAAAUCCCUAGUAAGGUGAGUGUGUAAUUUGCAGCUGUCAGCUGUACAAAUUAAAAUAUU